AUGGACCCCAGAGACACUAUCUUUCUCUGUCUCGGGGAAUUUCCUGUUCCUCUCAUAUCUGCCACACCUGGUUCUGUGAUUCCCUGGAAUGAGUCUGUGAAGAUCCUGUGUUGGGGGACUCCUGAGUCUUACUUGUACCAACAGGAAAUCCUGGGAAACUCCACAUUUGAGGUGGUGAAGAAGAAAUUGGGAUUUCAGAAGAAGGCUGAAUUCCUCACUGAACACAUGAAUCCAAACACUGCAGGGUGUUAUCAGUGCCAGUAUAGGAAACAGGACCACUCGUUGGAGCACAGUAAAGCCUUGGAGCUGGUGGUGACAGGCUUCUACAACAAACCCUUCUUCUCUGCUGACCAGGGCGUUGUGGUGAUGCUAGGGAAGAAUAUCUCCCUGCAGUGCAGUUCAGCACACAUCCCAUUUGAUAGAUUUUCACUGAUCAAGGAAGGAGGAGCCACCCUGUCACAGAACCAAAAUGGCAGACACCAAGGCAACUUCACUCUAGGUCCUGUGAACCAAAGCUUCUCGGGGAACUACAGGUGCUAUGGUUGGUACAGCGGCAGCCGUUAUGUGUGGUGCCCCCAUGAUGCCCUGGGGCUUGUGGUCACAAGUAGAUAUAAUGAAACAAGAUUACACAAUGGGGAAUUCGAUCCGAAUGGGUGUGGCAGGGCUGGUAGUGGUUCUCUCGACCAUACUGGUUGA